AUGGUUAUGGCCAACCCCAACCCCGCUCCUGCCGAGCUCACCGGUAAAGUCGCCCUGGUAACAGGUGGCAGUCGCGGCAUCGGAUCAGGAAUUGCCCUCGAGCUGGCCAAGAAAGGAGCCUCUGUGGCAAUCAACUAUGCCAGGGACCCCGCAUCCGCCGAGAAGAUGGUCCACGAGAUCAAGAGCCUAGGUGUUCACGCGGCCGCCUUCCAGGCCGACUUGACCAAGAUCGAGGCCAUCGAGCACCUCUUCCGCGAAGUAGUCUCCCACUUCGGUCAAUUGGACAUUGUGGUUUCGAACUCUGGAACUGAAAAGUUCGUCUCCUUGGCUGAUACGACCAUCGAAGACUUCAAUGAUGUCUUUGACCUGAACACUCGCGCCCAGUUCUUCGUCGCCAAGAACGCCUACGAUUAUAUCCAGCCUGGCGGACGCGUGGUGCUCAUGUCUUCCAUCGCCGCCGGUGUCGGUGUCCCCGGACACUCGCUGUAUGCAGGCAGCAAGAGCGCUGUCGAGGGUUUCACGCGCUGCUUCGCUGCGGACUUUGGCAAGAAGCGCUGCACUGUGAAUGCCAUUGCACCUGCCGGUAUCAAGAGUGACAUGUGGUUGAAGAACUCGUGGCGUUAUGCUCCUGGUUGUGAUCAGAACUCUUCUCUUGAGGAUAUUGAGCAGGCUCUGGCCAAUGGUAGCCCCUUGAAGCGGUGCGGUGUUCCGGCUGAUAUUGGCCGUGUCGUGGCAUUCCUUGCUAGCCCCGCGGGAGAAUGGAUCAACGGUCAAAUCAUUCCGUUGAAUGGUGGUGCCAACAUUUGA